AUGAAAUCGAGGAAGAAGGUUGUUGUUGGUGUUUCUGGAGAUAGAAUCAGCGGUUUACCAGACGCACUCAUUUGCCACAUCUUAUCAUUCCUUCCAACAAAAGAAGCUGCUUCAACUACUGUUCUUGCCAAAAGAUGGAAGCCUUUGCUUGCUUUUGUUCCAAAUCUUAACUUUGAUGACUCCAUCUAUUUCCAUCCUCGAGCGAGAAGAAACAAGUAUUCUAAAAGUUACGAAAGUUUUAUGAGUUUCGUGGAUAGUGUAUUGGCUUUGCAAGCGAAAACGAAAACUCCGUUGAAGAGGUUUCACGUCAAGUGUGAAGAUGUUGUUGAUCAAUCUUGGGUUCUUGAAUGGAUACCCAAAGUCUUGAAACGUGGUGUGUUAGAUAUUGAUUUACACAUCACUUCGUCUCGCAAUUAUUGUGAAAACUCAAGUUUUUAUUCUCUGCCUUCUAAGAUCUUUGUAAGCAAGACAUUGGUUAGGCUCAAGAUACAGUUUCAGGAUGGUGUCCAUAUUGAUGUGGAAGGUGGUGUUUCUCUUCCCAAGCUUAAGACCCUCCAUCUUGAUUAUUUUAAGAUAGAAACGAGUAUGCUUAACAAGCUUCUUUCUGGCUGUCACGCGCUCGAAGAGUUGGUGCUGGCUAAUUUGAUGUGGGCUGAUUCUUCAGAAGAUGAAGCUUGCCAUGUGUCAGUGUCUAUCCCAACCCUCAAGAGACUAAAUUUUUGCCGUUCUGAAGAUUUCUAUGAGGGUGAGUUUCAUUUUUAUGAAGACUAUGAUGAGGAGAACAUUAACGAGGGAGUGUCAUUGUCGUUUGAUAAUCCGAAUUUGGUUUACCUUGAAUAUUCUGAUGUUAUUGUGGACAAGUAUAAACAAGUAAGUUUUGACUCGCUUGUCGAAGCUAAUCUUAGACUUCGAAAGACACCCGAUCAGGAUGAAACAGACAAGGUUAAUGUAACAAAGCUUCUCAUGGGAAUACACAAUGUUAAGAUCCUUUACUUGUCUGAUGACACUCUUGAGGUCCUUUCUUGCUGCCGAGAAAGAAUACCGGUAUUCGACAACCUACUCGAGUUAACUAUCAAGACUACACCAUAUGUAGGUUGGAAAUCAUUGCCACCUCUACUUAAGAGUUGUCCAAGUCUAGAAACAUUGGUCUUCGAGGGGCUGCAUCACAAGUAUACAAAGAGAUGUGGGGACAAGGACGGCUGCUUGUGCAAAUAUGAGAAUCAUUGGGGGACGAAGAAGAAGAAGAAUGUCCGUACUUGCUUAUCAUCAAGUCUGGUGAAGGUUCUAAAGAUAUUGAAGUUUGGUGAAACUUUUGAGGAUGAGAAUGAGGAUGGUCUUGAUGUUGAUCAUGAUGACUAUGAUGAUGAAGAUGCUGUGUCUUGUGAUGAAGUUGGUGGUGUCGUAGAGGAGCAGAUAGAGCAUGUCAAGCACUUCCUAGAGACAAUGCCGGUUCUUAAACAAGUGAUAUUGUACUACAAUACACCAAAAGAUGAAGAUGUGAUGAAAGUGUUCAAGAAACUUGAGAAGCUUCCUCGAGUAGCGUCAGCUAAUUGCAAUGUCCAAAUAUCAUCGAAGAACCUCAGCUUGUCAUCUACUUCGACUAAACGAGGUACUCUUCUUUAG